GUGCACUUUUAGCGACUGCUGGGGUUGCCGAGCUUUCCAGGUACUGAAUGGGGGGUGGGGGGACCACAUUCGCAUGCGCAAUCGGAUGAAGAUAGUGCUCCAUGCUGCGGGUGUCUGUGAGCUCUGGAGUAACUCUGCGCUAUCCUCCUGUUGUCUCCACAGACGCGGUUUGUGACUGUGGAGAGGCCUGGCAAGUCCCAGGCUUUCAGCUCUGGAAAGUUUACAGUGGGGCAGAGUGCAAACUCUCUCUGUGUUCCUCUGGGCGGGGACAGUGACCAGGCAAGGCUCAGGCUUCCUGCUCUGGAGAGCUUACAGUGGGGCGGAGUGCAAACCUUUUCUGUGUUCCUCCAGUUGGGGAACAGUGGCCGGACAAGGCGCGGGCUUCCCGCUCUGGAAAGUUUGCAGCAGGGCAGAGUGUAAACCUUCUCUGUGCUCCUCCAUGCAGGGGCAGUGGCCAGGCAAGGCGCGGGCUUUCCGCUCUGGAAAGUUUGCAGCAGGGCACAGUGCAAACCCUCUCUGUGCUCCUCCCAUGCGGGGACAGUGGCCAGGCAAGGCUCAGGCUUCCUGCUCUGGAGAGUUUACAGUGGGGCGGAGUGCAAACCCUCUCUGUGCUCCUCCAGGCAGGGCCAGUAUCCAGGCAAGGAGUGGGCUUCCCGCUCUGGAAAGUUUGCAGCGGGGCGGAGUGCAAACCUUCUCUGUGCUCCUCCAGGCAGGGACAGUGGCUAGGCAAGGCGCGGGCUUCCCGCCCUGGAAAGUUUGCAGCCUGGCGGAGUGCAAAACCACUCUGUGCUCCUCCAGAUAGGGACAGUGGCCGGGCAAGGCGCGCGCUUCCAGCCCUGGAAAGUUUGCAGCCUGGCGGAGUGCAAAACCUCUCUGUGCUCCUCCAGACAGGGACAGUGGCUGGGCAAGGCGCAGGCUUCCCGCCCUGGAAAGUUUGCAGCUGGGCGGAGUGCAAACACUCUCUGUGCUCCAGGAGGGGACAGUGGCCUCCUGGCACGACCCUCCUGUGGGGACAGAAGACGAGCCUGGCCGACAUUGAUGUCUGGGCUGUGGUCCGGCCCUUGCUUCUGCUUGUAAGCUGGUGAGACAGGUGUUCCCUGUGGCUGUGCAGCUUGAAUGGAUCUCUGUGACCUGCUCUGAGCUCUGCUGUUGUGUGCUGUGAGAGGACUUCAGGGAAGCUCUGAAAUCCACACAUGGGAGCAGUGACUUUUGAUGAUGUGCAAGUGAACUUCACUGAGGAAGAGAGGGAAUCGUUGGAUCCAUCCCAGAAGAAUCUCUACAAAAAUGUGAUGUUGGCGACCUUCCUGAACCUCAAAGCUCUAGGCUCUAAUUGGGAAGACCAUGAUAUUGAAGAACAUUUUGAAAAUUCUAGAAGAUUUAAAAGAAAAAUUGCUAUGGAGCAGAUGAGAAAGGGAAGGCUACCUAUGGCUCUGAGACUAUCUGUCUCUGUUUACAUGCACAGUGGACAACACAUCCACACUUCAACUCAACCAAUGACAUGGAUGUGGUAUGUGUGUGCGUGUAGAUGCCUGUGUGUAGAGGAGAACAUGUAUGUAGGAGUACAUGUGGAGGCCAGAGAACAACCUCAGGUGACACAGCGUGACUGCUGUUCACCUCCUGUGAACAGGGUCCCUUGAUGCCUGGGCCUCACUAUUUGGUUAGACUUGCUGGCCUGCAAAUGCACUCAUCCUUCUGUCUCCACUUCUGCCACGAUGCUCAGCAUUUUUCACAUGAAUUCUGGAGAUAGAACUCAAGUCCCUGAGACUGUGAGCAAGCACUUCACCCACUGCACCAUCUUCCCAGCCCCUG